AUGAGCCCUGGCACCCUUUUGCUUCGGAGGGUGGUUACAUUUUUGCUACCUGUCACCAUUGAAGCUGGGCUUUGCUCAACUCAGGUUGAUUCCCUUCUCAAGUUGAUUCAUUGUAUAUGGCAAGGAACAGCAAGCAUCAGACUGUGUAAUGAUGCUGGGCUUCGCACUGCUUUGGAUAGAGUGGUGGCACAACUAACACCAUUCUCGAAGUUUGAAAUUGCUGUGCCCUAUAAGGGCAGUGAUGUGACAUUCCCCAUCCACAUCCACCCUCUGUGGGACUGGGCCCUUGAUUUAUUGCAAAAUCCUUUUCUUGAACCACACUUCAUCUGGGAUGCUGAAUGGGUCUUCAAACUUGAUGGUGAGACAUAUGAACACUUCUACACUGAACCUUGGAUGGGUGAUCAUUGGUGGGAUAUUCAAGUGUGUUGUAAUUAA